AUGGCCAGCCCAGCAGAGAACCUUCGUACCCGCCUCGCGCAGUAUGCCUACGCGUCGCAGAGUCCGCGCAGGAGCCCGCGCGUGCGCCGCCCUACCAACGGGUCAGGUGGGGCGAGCGGAUACGCGAGCGACGACGAGGAUUCUGGUUCGGGUAUGCCAAGCACGGCUGAGGACGGACCGAAGCGACGCGCGGACGGCAGCCUUGACAAGUUCGGGUGGAAGAAGUCGCGUCGCUAUGCCCAUCCAGACAAGUACGCGCACUUCAUCCCGACAAUGGACAAGCUCGUCCCCGACCUCAAACUGGUAUUCUGCGGUAUCAACCCUGGUCUACGAUCUAGCAAGACGGGACACCAUUUCGCCCAUCCGACCAACAAGUUCUGGCGCGCGCUCCACCUCUCGGGACUCACGCCGCGCCUUCUCACGCCCCAAGAGGACCUCACUCUUCCCGGCGCGUAUAGGUAUGGCCUGACCAACCUCGUUAGCCGGGUUACGGCUGAGCAGAACGAGCUUUCGCCUGCUGAGAUGCGCGCCGCAGUAUUACCGUUGGCGGCCAAAUUUGCUCGGUUUCGGCCGCGGGUGGUGUGUUUCGUCGGCAAGAAGAUUUGGGAUAUCUUCGAAGGUGUUGUUGGUGUUGAGAGUCGAAGACGGUUGAAGGAAGCGAAGAAGAACGGGAGCAAGGCGGCAGCGGUAAGGGGAGUGAAAUGGGAGGUGGUCGUGGCAUUCGCCCCUGUCGACGAGGCUGUCGUCAAGACCGAGCCGGAGGUUGUGGUUAAGGAAGAGGGUCUGGAGGUGGACGAGGGGGACGAGGCGAAAGAGGAGGUGAAGGAAGACGAAGGGGCAGAUGUGAAACCCGACGUCGACGAGCCUCUCGUUUCAAUCGAGGACGCAGACUUGACGCCGGCCAAAUCGCACUACGUCCGCGCAGUGCAACUAAACUUUGCAUACGACGCACCACAGCGACUACGUCUUGUCCUCCCUGGCCCUGGGACUAUGGACGAGUCCGACUCUGUGGACGUGGAGUCGCCGACACCCCUUCCCAGCUCAUCGGUACUCCCAUCCUCCGCUCCGUCAUCACCACUAACCUCCGCCCCUUCUCUAUCCCCCCCACCCAACCCGCCUAACCCGCCUAACCAGCUCAACCCUUCGCCAAGCCACACCCACACAUACUUCUGGGUGGUGCCCAACACGUCGGGGCUCGAACGGACGCCGCUCGACCGGCAGGCCGAGUUGUUUGGACAGCUCAGGGCGUUUGUGGAGAGCUUUGAGGCCGGCGAGCCAGAGGGCGACUUUGAAGACUUUACAAUCGCGGACGUGGAGGCUGCCGCAGCGGCAUUGGAGGAGCGUAAUACUCCAAAGAACCGGCGAUAG